CAGCACCAGUGAGUCCCAGCACGUGAAGGCGCAGUUUAGCGUUGCUCGUGGCUGGGGAGAGACGCGCUCGUCCCCGGUGUCCUUGCGUGUGUCCUCUAGCUGUGUGGUUAUUUUUGAUAAUUUUUUGACUUGUGCAUUACUGGUGAUCACAAUGGCGAGUUUAACUCUUGAAGAGGACCUUAAUGCGGCAGCAUGCUUGGUAGCUAUGAAGGGUGGUGGUAGGGUGAGUCCGUGGGCGGCUCCCGACACCCACAGUCAGCGCCCACGUCUUCAUGUAAAAACUAAUCUGCCGUUGCAGCGAACGUACCACGACCCACCACCCACACAUACACCCGCCCCAAGCCCUGAACACUCCCCAUCAGUGGAAUAUACUCACCCUCCUCCACUGUCUCCUGCCCACCAUAUGUACCAACCACCUACGCCGCCUACGCCUCCCUCUCCACCAACGCCCACUCUGGAGGACCACUCGUACUGCCCUCCUUCAGAAACGGACCAGAGUGUGUACCUGAUCGCAAGCAUUCUCGCAGACUUGAAGCGCGUGCAGCAAGUACGGGAGGAGCCCCAGCCCCCAUCCAAGGAGCCGGAGGUACAGGAAGCGCCCUUGGACUACAGUAAGAGGGUCGAAUCAGAGGCGCCAGGAAGAGAGGAAGAUUCUACCCCAAACCCGCGCAGUGUUGGUGGGCGGCGUGGGCGUGGCCGCUCCAGCCACCUCAAAGCAGAAGACAAACGCGCCCACCCUUGCACUUUCCCCGGCUGUGAUAAAAUCUACGGCAAAUCGUCACACCUGAAAGCACACCUGAGGACACACACAGGAGAGCGGCCCUUUGAAUGUUCAUGGCAGAGCUGCAGAAAAAGGUUUGCCCGGAGCGAUGAGUUGGCGCGCCACACAAGGACUCACACAGGCGAGAAGAAUUUCGUGUGUCCUGUCUGUCAAAAGCGAUUCAUGCGCUCUGAUCACCUCAGCAAGCAUGCGAGACGGCAUCCAGAUUUUGACCCAACCCUAUUGCGGCAGCGACGCCAGGCAACUCUGGUCACCACUGCUUCAGACAGUGAAGAAAUGGGCUCACCUUGAGGUUUACGUGACUUAGGAUGCCUGUUGAAGCUGCCGCUGCCCCUGUGCCGUGAGCAGACCUGUUGCUGCACAGUACAAAAUGCUUGUUUCCAGUAGUGAGCCAGGGCUGUGAGCUACAAGAGUGGCUCAGUGACUCACUGUGGAGCAAGGCAAGAAUAGAAACAAGUGUUGCAACACUUGUAUCUCAUCACAUUCUAAAGUUAUGGUUUCACAUUUUCACUUGUAAAUAGAAUUUAUCUUGAAAAUAGCUAGGCUCUACCUACUCAGGUGUGUGAGGCAUACCACACAAAACCUCUUUGCUCAGCGUUCUGUAAUGAAGUGCAACAUACCUUACCAGUGACCAGCUCACCUCUCAUCAUCUGCUCAAAGCUGAUGUCUUGUACCUAUACUUGGUGUGAUUGGUCCUUGAUGCCUGUUUUGAUAUACAUACUUGGAUGUAUUUUUUGACUCCCUUUACCAUUAAGGCACUGGUGUUUGAAACUCAGUAAUUAUACAUGUAAUACAUAUGGUUGUAAAAUUGCACAACACCCAAAAGCACCUGUGUUCCCUGAAAUCCAGACAGCUCUACAGAAUAGCACAAAGCCAGAGCAGUCUGUUCUCUCCUCACUUGUCUGACUGUGUUGCUCACUAGAUCGACACAGUAUCUGGUCAAUGAGGCUAUCAUACAUUUCUAUGUACAAUACUGUAUGUAUGAGAGAGAGAGAGAGAGAGAGAGAGAGAGAGAGAGAGAGAGAGAGAGAGGGAGAGGGCUCUGAUGCCACCCCUAUUAUAUUUGAGUGAUGUUUCCAUUUUGUUUAUGUUUAGUCAGUAUUGCAUACAUUGAAGCAAGAAACUUAGUCCUAUUAUUUAUCUUGUCCCACUCUCAUUAUGCAUCAUUUACUAUUUCUACUUGUCAUUUCUUUUUGCAUCGUCAAUCUGCUUUCAGAUUAGAAAAGACAUGAGCUGCUUCAUUACAUUUUUUUGAGCAUUGUUGUUAUUACUUUAGAUGGUGCUAAAAAGUGCCUUAGAAGGUUGAGCACCAGUGUCGUUGCAUUAGUAUGCAUGUGCUCAGCCUGGCGGGACCUCCACCAGCCAUACCCUCUUGUUCUCCCACAUGUUUGUUAAUGUAGGGUCAUCUCAAUAUGUGCAUAAUUGCCAAGGAAUUAUAUGUUUAUUAUUAGGCAUUAUUUAUAUAUCUAUAUACUGUAUACUGUACUGUACUUCAUGUAUUGCACACUCAACAAUAUUUUGCAUACCUCUUGCAUUCCUUUCAGGGGAUGUUAUUUUGCAGCUGUUGAUUGGAAUGCAAAUUAAGUUUUAAGCAGAAUUAAGGAAUCAGUGUAUCAUUGAACUCUAGUUAUAGUAAAGUCAGUAACUGUGAAGCCUCAGCCUAAUGACACAAACCACCCACCAUAUACUGCCCAACGCUGAAAGACACCUCUUUGUAAUCAGGGCUAUAAUUUUGUAAUUAAACUUUUCAAGCAUUAGAAAGCAUGUGUGAAUAUACUGAUACCUAUAUGAAAGGUGUAAGCAUCUGGUAGAUGGCUAUUAGGAGGUGUCACACUGAGCACAACCCCACUUGUACCAUGCAUCUAGUCGCUCUAGCUGCAACACAUCAGAAGCAGGCGUUAGUGCUAGGCAGAGGAGGAGGGGAAAGGUUGAAAGAAAGAAUAUAUAUAUAUAUAUAUAUAUAUAUAUAUAUAUAUAUAUAUAUAUAUAUAUAUAUAUAUAUAUAUAUAUAUAUAUAAAGGAUAUUCAUGUUAUAUUUUCUGACCAAACAUGAAAACCUCAGUUGUAGUGCCAUAUGAUAAAGGUAGGAGAAAAUGUUUCAAUUUCUUUGAAGCCAUUCAGCUCAUCAGAUUAUUUUUUACUUUAUUGUGGAGCACAAGGAUAUUCAGCUGAGUGUUCAAUAAAGCUAUGGAGAAAAAAAAUCUUAAUUUCAUUUCUGAUGUAAAAAUUCAAUUUGUGAACUUAAACAAUAUUAUUUUAGUAUUUUUUGCAGGGUGCCAAAUGUGGAUAAGUGAACUAGUAUUGGUAUAGGUUUGGUAUUUAUAUGACAGUACUUAUUUGGUGUACUUAAAAGUAUACAGUUACUUCUUGCUCAGUCAGCUUACUUAAAGGGGAGGCAGAAUCAUGAUGAAUGGGAAACAUAUCAGUAGCAGAUGACAUGUAAAUUGUGUGCCUGAGUGUUUGCAGUUUCUAUCUAUUGGAUUUACUGCCUCAUGGUUAGGCUGACACUUCAUGAUCAUGACCAAGUUAUUCUUUUCUCUGUACAAAAGACAUUAUAGUGAUUAUUAAUGAAUGUGCAUAAAUACAAAAUAUUUAUAAUCAUAGCUCACUUGUCAUACUUCUCCUGGGGCAUCGGGCCGCCAGUACACCUCAGCUCAUGUUGUUACAGUGUCAUGCUGUAGAAAUUUAACACAAAGUUAUUGCACUAUUCAAGCUAUGUGAUAUUGUAGGCUAAGUUUCAAGAAACACUAAUAAUGGUAUCCAUAGAGCACACCUAGAAUAAACCUUAAGUACUGUGAUGACAAAGCUGAGUGUUCUUAGUGGUCCAGGACCUGGCUGGACAUUUCCUUAGGCCACUUGCUAUAUUCACAUAUUUCUACUAUAAACAUAAGAGUUAGCAACUGUUCUUUACUUGCCUGAAGUGGCUAAGAGAGAUGCCAGGGAGGCUGUGAGCACAGCAGGUGGUUUUAACUUCCACCUGUCACAGUGUUAUCCUCUCAUGUCUUUCACAAACCAACUCAUCAUGAGCAAAUAUUUUUGAGGGAUGCUCUGUAUCAUCAAACUAAAAGUGGUUUGUUUCAUAAUACUGAAAACCAUGUUGAAAAGUUGUGUAAAUAAAGAUAUAUAAGAUAA